AUUCGCAUAUGGUAAUUAGGAUAAAAGGAAAACAUUGCCCGCUUCUGUGGCACACACGAAUCCACGAGACCUGUAAGACGGAAUUCACGAAAAUAUUUCAUCAUGGCUAUGGGUACUACUGGCGUCUCUCUCCGCUCACUCUUGGAGAAUCCAUCUUUCUUGAGCGUGUGUGCGCCAGGUGCGGGUGACAGUGAACCAAAGAGAAGUACUCCAGUCGACAAGGCAAAAGCUCUCAGUUCCUCCCCCAGCUAUGAUGCUGCCUCAGCUUUCCUGGGGCCCCAGAUUUGGGAUAGGACCCUGCCCAUGGAUAAUGAUUUCAAGCUGGAAUACAUGGACCUGGACGAGUUUCUCUUCGAGAAUGGCAUACCACUGACUCACGAAGACGGUGUGGGGGAGGAGGAGGGAGACAGCCAGUCCUCCAAUGCCUCCUUGACCAUUGCUCCCGAGUCUCCCCCUGCUACUUCACUGCCUUUGAUACAAAAACUGAGACAGGUUUCUCAGUCUCAGCAGGGAGGAGAGGGUGGACAUUGUUUUUGUUGUCUCCUCAAAAUGCUGAAGGCAUUUCUUCAGCAGAUAGCAUUAGCUCGUGGUAAGCGUCAGCAUAUUAAAAAUGCAGGUGACAGUGAACCAAAGAGAAGUACUCCAGUCGACAAGGCAAAAGCUCUCAGUUCCUCCCCCAGCUAUGAUGCUGCCUCGGCUUUCCUGGGGCCCCAGAUUUGGGAUAGGACCCUGCCCAUGGAUAAUGACUUCAAGCUGGAAUACAUGGACCUGGACGAGUUUCUCUUCGAGAAUGGCAUACCACUGACUCACGAGGAUGGUGUGGGGGAGGAGGAAGGAGACAGCCAGUCCUCCAAUGCCUCCCUGACCAUUGCUCCCGAGUCUCCCCCUGCUACUUCACUGCCUUUGAUACAAAUGUCUGCCUCCCCAAGUGCCAGUCCAAAACGGUCCAUGUCCUCCCCAGAACCAGGGGCUGCUGGCGGCAGCAUUGACAUUGAUAAAAUAAUCAAAGUUGACUAUGAAGUCAGUAAGUCCGAUCUGGCCUUGGCUACCAUUCCAGGUCAGGAUGGAUUUGACCCCAGAAGAACAGCUUUCUCAGAAGAGGAGUUGAAACCGCAGCCGAUGAUCAAGAAGUCGAAGAAGAUUUUUGUCCCAGAAGACUUGAAAGAUGAACGUUACUGGCACAGGCGCAGGAAGAACAACGUGGCAGCCAAGCGGUCAAGGGACGCCAGGCGAAUAAAGGAAAAUCAAAUAGCCAUGCGGGCAUCUUAUUUGGAGAGAGAAAAUGCGGAGGUUAAGAAGCAAAUGGAGAAAGUUCUGGCAGAAAAUGUGCAGCUGAAGAAGAAGUUGGCAGUUUAUGAAGGAAAGGCUUAAGGUUGAAGGAGUAGAUUGUGUCACAUUUGUUGUGAUUGCCCCCCCUUGGUGCAGCACCAUUGUCUCUGGAACACAAGUAACUUGGUAUCAAACGCACAAUGCCUCAUACUUUUUCCGCACAUCUUGCCACGACAGAUGAAAGGAGGAAAAAAGGCCCACAUCCAGUGCAUUGAUGUAAAAUUAUUUCAUCAGGUGAAAAAGCUGUGUCUUGAAUGAGAGAUCCUCAUCUAACCCAUAAGUGUAUACAAUUUAGAUUCUCAACUGCGGGUACUCUCAGAUGUGGUAACUUUAUAGUCUAACCUGUUAGACAGGGAUAUUUAGAUCUUCAGCAAAAGGUAUCCCCCGAUGUUGAAACUUGUAAGACUAACUUGUUAGACUAUGAUAAAUGGAUAAGGAUAAACAAAUCUACACUUGUUAUUUUAAGUUAACAUCAAAAACCAGUCUGCCUUAAGGUAAAAAAAAUCUGGCAUCUAUACACUUGAUUCCUGGGGUAUUCUUAAAGGAGAGUCUGAAGUAUCUGGCUUAAUGUCUGAAAAUAUCCAAGACUGUCAGGGUCUGCUAUUGGCUGAUUGUUUUAUUCAGCAUCCUCUUUCAUGUCAGGGCCUGCUAUUGGUUGAGUGCUUUAUACAGCAUCCUCUUUCAUUUUUACCUUUAAAUAUUUUCAGUUUGGUUAUUGUGUCUGCACAUGUAUUUGUUGGGAUGGGCAAGUCAUAGGUAAAUUUUGUUUGUUUUGGAUUUGAGGGAUGUUCAUGUAGCAUUUUAGAUAUGACAACACUGCACUAACUGACAAAUAACUUACAUUUUUAAAAUUCUUUUCAUUCAAAGGUGAGAUAACACCUACAUAACUUAACAAAAAUUAAAGAAACAGGACUAACCUAAGACAUUUCUUCUCUUUUAUUUUCUGGUAGUCUUUUGAGUAACUGAGAGAAUUUAAUAACUCUUAAUAUGUAGAAAGUUGGAAGUUAUUUUUCAACAAUUACAGUGUUUAUAGGCUGUGUUGUAUUGUCAACCUGAGUCUGAGACAAUGUGCCUCUGUAACAUAUUAUGAUAGAAAGUAGAAAAUGUGGCUUGGUUGUGGGAUUAAUCUGAUAGAAGUAAUAAUGAAGUGAAUUUAAAAAAUUGCAGUGGAAAUUUUUCUCAGAUUUUUUUUUCGAAGACAAAUUUUUAUCAUUCACAAAAGAGGACAUAUUCUGAACAAUUGUUGAAUAAUUUUUGGAAAGAUUGCUUUCAUGUGAUUGACAAGACAAGAAUUAAGACAUAUUACUUAAAAAUCUUUAUAGACAACAAACUUGAUCUUGAUUUAGAGAUGGGUCAAAGUUUACUUUUAUAUAUCAAACUGUCAAGCACAUUUAUUUCAUACAUUAGUGAAGAUCAGAACAAAAAUGGAUAUUUUAUAUGAAAAAGCAAAGUUGCUACAUCAUCAAUACUCUGGAAAUUGUAGAUAACAAAUGGCGUUGGCAUAAAAAAUUGGUUCUGUCUUGACAUUUAUCAGUUAAUUUGGCACUGGCGGUUCAUUUUUAACCAACGCAGUUUGAUAUUUAGGCCAAGGAUGUUAAUGCAUUUAUCUGAUAAAGGACUUUGUUCUUUGAUUGUUGUAUAGUAAAACCAGUAUCAUUAAUGUGUAAAUAUAUAUAUAUUGAGUGGUGUUGGUGUGUAUAUAGAUAAAUGAAUAUACGAAUAUCUUACUUCUGUGAUGAGGAGUCGGCUGUAGUGAUUUAUACUGGAUGCCAUUAUGUCACAUGAUGUCAUUAUGUCGUGAUGCUGUAGUUGCGUGUUAUGAUAAUAAAAGCAAGGUGAUUCAGAAAUAUAACUGUAGAGUCAGGGAUGUGAUUUUUCCAACUAUCCUUGGAUUUUCGACUUUUUGGGAGCCAAAGAUAUCGUUUUUGAGAUUGAUGUAGAUCUGCAAUUAAAACUGGGGUGGGGGUGGGCGACUGAUCUGGACCCCACGCCGUAUUUUCUGACUUUUUCACUUAAUGGCAGUCUCGUCCCUGAACAGAGAGCAUUUAGGUGAUAUUCAUUGCCAGUUGGGAUUCAUUCAUCUAGAAUGAUCUUUAAAUUAAUUAAAACAUUUGAAAAAUACAAGGAUCUCUGUAAUAAGAAAAGUUUUGGGUCUGAUAAUUAAAAAUGUUUAACAGAUAUCUUGUAACUGUGACCAGAGUUAGGAUUUCAAGUCAUUUAACUGUUAUGUUCAUCUGUGUCGUUCAUAUGGUUUAGAAAAUUUAUGGUUCAGGUUCCUAAUACCUGGUGUUAAUGAUACAAACACACAAGCAAGUUUUGUAUUGAUUGUUGUAAUGAAAUUUUCUCUGAUAUAGUAAAUAUAUAUUUUGUAAAGCAA